GCACGAGUACUGGCGACGUGUUGCAAGUGAACGCGUUUUGUUUCUUUUAUCUUAUCGCAUAUAGUUUUAUCACUGUGUAAAUAGUAAGAGUUUUAUAUUUACCAUUGCUCAGAUAAUUUCGUUUGUCGAAAAUUAAGACGCGAACGAAUCUAGGGAAAUGUCAAAGAAUGCGAAGAGAAAGGAGAGAAGCUCGGUCGCCUGAAGUGUGAGAUUCGCGUCCGUGUGCGUGGUAUCUGUGCGCGCGUUGUCUCGUGCGUGAGUGUAUCGGCGUUCCGUGCUUUGUGUGUAGCUCUAAACUAUUUGGUGCCAGUGUGCGUGUCGUAGGUAUAUAUCGUGUGUAUACACCUUUUCAACAGUGGAAAGAGAAGAAACGAGGAGAGAGAUGAUGACAGUGGCAACGACUAACGGCCAGGUGGGUCUCUGACCCCGCUGGACAAUAAAACAGCUUCGUGUUGUAAAUAGUGUUCUAUGUGCAAGAUUAAAAAAGCACUUUGAUCCGCGAAAAACACUCGAAUAACCGAGGAAUCGUUUCACGGCCCCGUCUUGGACAAGUUUCAAGCGGAGAUAUCGGUUAAUUUUAGAAACUCUGAUGGAUCUGUUGGCACGACUUUGCCAUGAUUCACGUUCCGUUCACGGCUGAGCAGAGGGAACAUCGAACCGCUCUCCUUUGUCCGACAAUGAGGAACAUGGGAAUCUAGGUCCAGCCCGACGAUCCAUGGAUCGGAACUGAGAAAGCAUGGAAACGUGACGUUCGUGUUGGUGAAAAUUAUCGGACACCAGAAGGGAUAUACAUGAAGCUGAUAAUCAAGACGAAUCGAAAUUAUAAAACAUGAUUUAUUCCAACUGCUCAUUGCUAAUCACGUGACUCGGAAGCGGUGAUUCAAUCGUGCAGAAGUGCUUCGCGCUGAGCUGUCUUUAUUAUCUAAGUAACUAUCGUUGGUAGAAUGUACGAAGCAAAUGUUGAUAGUUCUUCGAGUCAGUGUUCAACGCCUCGUCGGGAUCUCGAAAAUGAGGAAUCGUCUUCGGAUGUUGCGACGGGACCGAAGCAUGUAGCGCAGCUUCUACGUUCCUGGAUCCUUCGGUUAAAAACGAGCGGCGAGACAGAAAGGUAUCCAUACGAGAUGGAGGAGAAACCGAUACCGAAACCUAGAUCGGUGAUGACCGAACGACCGGUACCAGCACCGAGGAGGAAGCUGCCACCUUCGAUGCCAACAGCUCGAUUCAGCAGUCACAGCGAUUCCAGUCAAUCGGAGAAAAGCGACGACUCGAAAUCCACGUCGGAAUCGAGGAGUACGAACAAUGAAUUUUUUCGAAAUCUGACCAGUAGUUCCCGACAACUGAAAGACGAGAUUUCGGAGAAGAUGACGAUGAAGGGCCGUGCGGUAAUUUCCAGCACGAGGAACGCUAGUAUUAGAUUGGAGAAGUCGGUGAAGAAUCUUUUAACGAGACGGUUAACUUCGUUGAAUCAGGACGAUCUUUUAAGGGAUAACACCGGUGGUAAUAAGAAGUUCAAAGAUCCUGUAGAGGAUGAGAGAUGCGUCUCGAUGCCGGCUGAUGAUAUUUUCAGCAGCAUCUCGUUCUACAGUCCCUUGAACAGUAAUCUGAGAAGCGUCAGAAAUGAGGAGGAUCUUUCCGGGACGCGUCACAGUCCACCACCUCCUGCAUAUCCUCCUCCACAUCCUGACGAGUCUAUCUACGACGAACUGCAGUCCGUCACGUCAGGCAGCAGUCGAUACGACACGAUCAGCUCGACCAUCUCUGACAAAGUCGACAGGGACUUCCCCGAAUCGUUUGAUCUACUUAGUUUCGUGCUCAAUCAGGCCAGUGAUUCCGAUCAGAGCUUGAACCUUUCCGACGUAAACGUGACACUACCGUUAGACAAAUCGGAUAACGCGAAGAGAUUAUCCAGAUCCGAUUCCUGGACGUUCUACGACACCGCGCCAGUUGGGAAAUCCGAGGGGCUCGACGAACUGGACAGGAUAUCCAGCGCAGAGGAGGACAUCCUGGACAAAGAAGUGCCUCUGCUCGAUCGAACGUCGGACGCGUCGAAUGGAAGCCAAGCAUCCAUUCAAAAUUCUCUGUAUGAAAAUCUGUCGCCGCAAAAGGCACAAGAAGAGAAAGAAACAACGUCGAACAGUCCAGAAAGUAGACAACAGAGUAGUAAAUCUUUGUUGUUCGAGUUUGACCCGUUCGCGAGAACUUCUGAUGAAAACGUGUAUAGCAACUUUGAAAAUAACGAUUUAAUGUUACUGGAGACUUUAUUGGCCACCAACGAUUCGCCGAGCAGUUCUGGCAGUAUUCUGGACUUUCAGGAAGCAGUCGAUAACGAGGAGGAACAAGAUGACGUGGAAGAAGAGGAUGCCGAGCGAAUCUCGUCAGUGCCACCAGAACCACCGAAAAGAUUCGACUCCUUGCCGAAAAACGAGUACGACGAGGUCGCAGAGAUCCUUCCGGAACCGGAUAAAAGCGCUACGGGUAAAAAUCCGGCUCUAUUGCCGAAAUUAGCGCACCUAGUGACUCGGAAGCAACCCGCUGUUCCCCCUAGGAAAUCGACAGCGAAGAAUCGCUCGAGCGAGGCAUCCUCUCCUACUUCUGUGACAGCUAAAUCCGUGGCUGCUACGACUAGCGAUAGUUCAGUCACGAGUACGACGAGCAGCACGACAACGACAACGACGACGACGACGACGACGGCCGCUGACGAAUCUUCGUGUCCUUCGGGCGGUAAGGCCACGGAGGAGCACAGACGCGUGGGCGUGAUCCAGAAAUUGAAAAAAUUGCGGCAUGAGUCCACGGGGCACGGGAUCAGACCGAACGUGAUGAGUUUCGUGAAGAGCGGCAGUAAAUUGCUGUCCAGAAGUCGUGACCACAGUGGCGUUGUGCCAAGCACGAAAUCGACGAAAUUGGAGAGACCAAGGGUGAACGAUCUGCUAAAUGUGACGACGCACCGUGGAAUCGUUUACAGGACCGGUGUAGGAAUAGAAAGAGCGAAGGACCUGGUGCAAAGGGCAGCGAUCUUAGCCGACCAGAAGCUCUCUUUCUACACAGAUAAGGGCAUGUCUACUCUGAAGGAGAUCGUUCACCUCGACACAGUGUACAGCAUUCAUCUUCUCCAGGACUUUAAGAUAGUUGAUGGAGAGACUGUACAUUGCAUAGCAAUUAGCGUUGAGGGAAGACCGAGCGUUCACGUGUUCUACGCGAAGGGUACCACGGAACGAAGGAUUUGGGCUCAAAGAAUACUAGAGGCUAUUACUACGGUUUUUCCCACGAAGUACACGGCUGAAUUGACGAGAGUAGGAUGGGCCUAUUUGAAGGAAGGCGUAACAGGCACGUGGUUUCCAGCUUGGGUUCUCCUGUAUCAACGAACGUUAAUUUACACGAAAUCUCUGGAUCCUACCACGGCCAUAACUUUUGGAGAACUCGACCUUCGGAAGGCACGAUGUAUCGUUUUACGGGAACAGGAAGGACCUAAUGCAAGUGCAGGAUCAGUUCCGGUGGUGGUCGUCGAUGCAGGUGGUAGCGGCGCACUACAUAUGGCUACACCAGGAACUCACGAAGGAUCCGCAUGGAGACACGCACUUUAUCAAGCUGCCACUACCUGUGGCCCCGCUUUAGAGCAGCAACAACUCACGCAAGAUAACGUGCCUGUGAUUCUCGACAAAUGCAUUAAUUUCAUUUAUGCUCAUGGUAUCAUGUCGAAGGGCAUUUAUCGACAAAACGGAUCCAAUAGUGCAGUGGUCAAAUUAUUAAAAGCCUUUCGUCGCGACGCAUGGGCGACGCAAAUUACGAGGAGCGCGUAUACAGAACACGAUGUCGCCACAGUUCUCAGAAGGUUUCUCCGUGAUUUACCGAAUCCAUUGUUUCCACCUAACAUUCACGAUCGGCUUUGUCUUACCGCAGAGACCGUCAACGAUAGCGAACAAGUUCCAGCGUAUAGGAAAUUAUUGUCCACAUUGACUCCAGUACCGGCGGCGACGCUCAGAAGAAUUCUUGCUCACCUUUACUGUUUGAGUCAGCAGAGUUCCAAGAACCUGAUGACCGGCGAGAAUCUUUCCGCAAUCUGGGGACCGACGUUAAUGCACGCUGACGAAAGCAGCGCGGAAGAAUGGAACAGAUCCGAGACUAGGGUGAUCGGUGACCUGAUCAAACUCUAUCCAAAGUUAUAUCAGUUAACAGCUGCGGAUAUGGCGAAAGAGGCAAAAAUUCUGGAAAUUCUCGAGAAACAUCACGGUUCGAAUAAUGGUUUACGCGGUGCACCAUCGGGUGAUCUGAAAAUUUGGAUAUAUAUUUUCUCAAGGGACGGGGAAUGCAUCAAUGUGACCAUUGGACCACAAAAGACUGCGUUCGACGUGUGUCAAGAACUGGCGGAAAAGACUAACUUGUCAGCUCAUGAAUUGUGUCUGGAGGAAUAUACAUUGUCUGGUGCACUGGAAAGACCACUGCAUCAUAAAGAGCGUGUCCUCGAGGCAGUGGCAAGGUGGGGAUACUGGGACCCCGAGGACAGAAAGGACAAUGUCCUCAUACUUAAGAAGGAUCGGCUAUACAAGGAUAUAGCACCACUGAUGAAACCACCGAUGACAACGUCUGGUGAACUUAAAUUUGCUGACACAAAAUCGAAAAAUUUUAAGAACUACCUCUUCGAAUUUAGUCAAGCGAAGCUUUAUUGUUACAAAGACAGAGUAUGCGCGAAUGUAUUAUACGAGUGGAAAGUAGAAGACAUCAUUUGGUAUUUAGGUCACGAGCCAAAGCGAAAUCCACAAACGGGAUGGUCUAUAACAUUCAUAGCUAAGAAUAAAAAGCCAACAAGGUGUAAAGAAACUCCGUACUUUGGAAAUACUUUAGCAGGAUCGUUAAAAGAGGAACAGCAUAAAUGGGUAGCAGCUAUGGUCUUUGGAGAAUAUCAGCUAAAUGUUCGACCUCCCUCAGUCAAUCUCAUGGAUCCGUAAACAAUUAACUUAAUUUGUUAAGCUACGCUACUUAGUGCCUUCGAAAAGCAAUUAUUGUUGUAUCAUAUAUAAGUUCUUUCGUCAUGAAUUCAGUGCCUGUGCUUGCCUUAAUGCAAAAGACAAUCUUCAAUAUUUUCAGAUGAUGAUCUACGUAUCUAUAUCGUGAUAAAUAAAUGAAUAUAGUACUGAAAAAAUAUGUUACAGCAUUCCGAAGGUAUAAAUAUUCCGAUCGGUGUUCAUUAAA